UUUUACAUUAGCUGUUGCGGCAAAUUUGUUUUGUAUCGAAAAAUGUUUUUAUUACUGCUAAUAGCCGUUUGUACACUCUCGUUUAUUUACGUUAAAUGGAUUUACACAUUUUGGAAACGCAAAGGCUUUCCUUACCUUGAGCCAAAAAUACCAUUCGCAGUGUUAGAUCCAGUCUUUAAACGUGAAGCAGCAUUGGGCACUGCUAUUUUCGAUGUUUAUCGCAGAACAAAGGAUAAAGUGUUGGGCAUUUAUCUAAUUACGCGACCCGUUUUGUUAAUACGCGAUGCGCAAUUGGCGAGAGAUAUAUUGACGAAACAUUUCGAAAGUUUUCACGAUCGUGGCAUACAUGUAGAUGAUGAAGAUGAUCCGCAAUUGAGUGGUGGCUUGUUCAAUCUUAAAGGACAGAAGUGGAAGAGUUUGCGAGUGACAAUGACACCGUUAUUUACGUCGGGAAAAUUAAAGGCUAUGUUUGAAACCGUCGAGGAAGUGGGUGAUAGAAUGGUCAACUAUGUGAAUGCGCAGCUACCUGACGUUGGCUCAAAAGAAUUGGAAUUGCGACAUGUCAUGAGCACCUUUGCUAUAGACAUCAUUGCUUCGGUGUUUCUGGGUUUAGAGGUGAACAGCUUUGAAGAACCAAAUAAUCCCAUAUUGAAAAUAAGAGACAAAUUGAACGAGCCAACGUUCGGCAGUGUGGUGCGCGGUACAGUUCAAUUGCUAUUUCCCAGUUUGGAAAAGCUCUUCAUACGUUUGGGUUGGCGCGAAAAGGCACCCGAAAUGAUGAGAGAAAUUGUUAGGCGGACUAUAGAAAUGCGCGAGGAGCAGAAUAUUACACGAAAAGAUAUGCUUCAACUGCUCAUGCAACUGCGCAAUAAAGGUCAAGUCAACGACAAUGAUAACGAUUGGUCUGCAAAAGCGACUGACAAAGAUGCAGCGAAGCACAUGUCAAUUGAAACCAUUGCGUCCAAUUUGUUGCUUUUCUAUGCGGCUGGCUAUGAAACAACGGCGGCCACCAUUUCGUUCACCGCCUUUGAAUUAGCGCAAUAUCCAGAAGCGCUGGAAAAGGCACAGCGUGACGUGAGAGAUGCGAUUGAAAGGCAUGACAAUAAGUUUACUUACGAAUCGGUACAAGAUAUGAAAUAUCUAGAUCUCUGCAUAACGGAAUCUACACGCAAAUACCCUGGACUGCCCAUUCUCAAUCGGCAGUGCACGAAGGACUAUCAACUACCUGAUAGUGAUUUGGUAAUCAAAAAUGGUACACCAGUUAUUAUUCCGUUAUUGGGUUUUCAUCGUGAUGAAAAAUAUUUCCCGGACGCUAUGCGUUGGGAUCCAGAUCGGAUUUUAAAUAAACAUUACGAUCCCGUCGCUUUUAUGCCAUUCGGCGAAGGACCCAGACAUUGCAUCGCACAACGUAUGGGCAGGGUUAAUGCAAAAGUCGCCUUGGCGAAGUUGUUGCUCAACUUUAAUAUCGAAUUAAAUCCUGUGCGAAAGGAAAUCGAAAUCGCUAACUUUGGUAUUCCAAUUAUGGCCAAAGGCGGCAUAAAUGUACGAUUAUCGAAGCGAAAUAGAGAUACACAAUGAGAAUAUAUUUAAUUUGCUUGAGAUUGGUUUAACAUAUUUAAUAUCUUAAAAGACUAUACAAAAAAUU